AUGUCUCCGAAUGCUACGGACACCUUGCUGCCACAGCAGAAACCUCCUCAAGUGCAACAGGCGAGGAGUCCUCCACCAGCCGCGGAUUUAGAAAAGGCUGCCUCUACAGAGUCUUGCAAGGACAUUGGGGUCACAGAAUGCACCUGCAGAGAGAUGGAAUUGGGAGCAGGAGACGCGGUGUUUACGUGUUUCGUGGUGGGGCCGCUGGUUGUGAGUGUGUGGCGUGGCACGUGGGGCCUGAUGGAGCUGGCGCCGGACUACUUCCCCUACGCGCAGACCUACGUGCUCUCCAUCAUGGUGCACGUGUGCUUUGCGUUACUGAGAUCGUACCUGCUAGACCGAUCAGUUGGAGCCUGGGGCGAAGAGAAACGCGCGGGGCGGUGGCUGAGAGAGCGCGCUCUAUCUCGGCUGUACUCCUACGUCUUCAUAUUGGCCAACGUUAUGCACUGGCGCGGCGGCUGGGGGCUGUUUGAUGGCGCUGUGGCGCUCAUGGUACCUUCAGAAGACGAUAAAACCAGGCCCUUCGUGAUCGCCGCUUUAACGCUGUUAUUCUACAUAUGCGCGUUGGCAUUGCGGGCCUCAAAGAAUAUACUGGCGUCCCCGUACUUUCUAGUCACGGACGGCAAGGAACCCACAUACAUCUUUACCACGCGUUUCAAGACCACAUUGCAACCAGCCGUCGAACCUUUAUCUCCGAGGUGUACCGACAGCUCACUAGGAUCGAGUCGUUAUCGCGUCGAACCGCGCGGCGCGUCGCAGCAAACAAGUUAG